UCUUAGCCCUUUCUCUUUUAAAACCCAAGUCCGAACCUUUUCUCUAUCUGCUCCGUCUUUCUUUCCUCUCAAACAAAAUCUCGCUCUUUCCUCUUCCAACUCCGAUCGCCUUUUCAAUCAUGUCUUGCUUCAUUAGCAAAUACUCCGACGAGCUUGUUAAAAAUGCUGCCUACAUUGGCACCCCUGGAAAGGGUAUCCUUGCUGCUGAUGAAUCCACCGGAACAAUCGGCAAGCGUCUUUCAAGCAUUAAUGUAGAGAAUGUUGAAGAAAACAGGCGUGCUCUCCGUGAGCUCCUUUUCACUACACCUGGUGCUCUCCAGUACCUCAGUGGUGUUAUUCUUUUUGAGGAAACCCUUUACCAAAAAGCCUCUAGUGGCAAGCCCUUCGUUGAUAUCUUAAAGGAAGGUGGUGUCCUCCCUGGCAUUAAGGUCGACAAGGGUACCGUUGAGCUUAAUGGAACCAAUGGUGAGACUUUCACCCAGGGUCUUGAUGGCCUUGCGCAACGUUGCCAAAAGUACUAUGAAGCUGGUGCUCGCUUUGCUAAAUGGCGUGCUGUGCUCAAGAUUGGCCCUAAUGAGCCGUCUGAACUUGCAAUCCAAGAAAAUGCCAAUGGGCUAGCCAUGUAUGCUGCCAUCUGCCAGCAGUGCGGACUUGUCCCCAUUGUGGAACCUGAAAUCCUUGUUGACGGACCACAUGACAUCAACAAAUGUGCUGAUGUGACAGAGCGCGUUCUAGCUGCUUGCUACAAGGCUCUAAAUGACCACCAUGUCAUGCUUGAGGGUACUCUGUUGAAGCCUAACAUGGUGACCCCUGGUUCUGAUUCCCCAAAGGUUGCCCCUGAGGUUAUUGCCGAAUACACUGUCCGUGCCUUGCAGCGAACUGUACCUGCUGCAGUCCCUGCUAUUGUAUUCUUGUCUGGUGGACAAAGUGAGGAGGAGGCUACCCUUAACCUGAAUGCCAUGAACAAGCUCCAGACCAAGAAGCCAUGGUCUCUCUCAUUCUCAUUUGGACGUGCCCUUCAGCAGAGCACCCUCAAGGCCUGGGCUGGAAAGGAGGAGUAUCUGAAGAAGGCUCAAGAUGCUUUCCUUGUUCGGUGCAAGGCUAACUCGGAAGCCACUCUUGGUACCUACAAGGGUGAUGCCAAGCUUGGUGAGGGAGCCGCGGAGAGCCUCCAUGUCAAGGACUACAAAUACUAGAAUUUAGGCUUGUGGUCUAAUUUGUCAUGUUUUGCAGAGUAAAUUGCGGUAUGAUAUUAGGCUUUUAGGGCUUUUUUUUUUCUUUGGUAUCUGUCGUUUCUCGUGGAAUUUAGGGGGUGAAAUCUCACAAAUAAGCAUGGGGACCCUUUGUGCUCGUGAGUGUUGGAUGGUUUUUGUUUGAUUUCUGUUUAAAAACAUUAUUAUCUGCUUAUAUAAUGUAGUUUAAGACCGCAUUUUGUUGCAAA